UACGCGCGCACCACUGGUCCAGGUUAAAAGGAGAUAACGAGGGAACAAACCGAACCGCACAGAAAGGAUCAUUUAGUCGUUAUUUAGUCUUCGAAGUGAUCGAUCUGCAAAAAUGAAACGUUCAAGGGCAACAGCAAUAGCAGCGGUGCUUCUUUACUUCGCGAUCGUCGCCGGUGUCGCUGAGGCGGGCUUCUUGGAUUGGUUCCGUAGCAACAAAAACAAGGGUCACGAUGUUUGCCGCGUCGAUUUUGAGGUGCUCGAUCCGGCAGGGUUGCGUUUGUGGACCGCCCAGAAGCCCGACAUGAAGUCGUUUGGCGUGGAACUGUUCAUCAAUCCGGUUCGCGGGAAGAAGCCCGUAAGUAGCUUCACCCAGACGACAGCCGAGGUCAAGCACGGCAAGUUCUUCCUGCAAACCGAUGAUGUCAUCAUCAAGAGCGGUGACAUACUGGAAUAUGUGAUCGUUACCUUCAACGGCGAUACUACGCAACGCCACAAACCAAGGAAGCUGAUCGUGGAUGAUUAUAUGAUCAAACCCAAGGGACGGUGUUCCUGCCCUCCCAGUGUUGCCCCGCCAAAACCGGUGGACACUGUCCGUCAAGUGAUGAAUGACCCGGCGACAGAGGUCGCACUGCUCGAGCGGAUUCUGGAGCGCGUGUCGAAGAAGUGUGCCGAAGGGAUCAUGUCCAACUAUCUGUUCCUGCAGAUCGAUCGAGUUAACGGAUCGACUACCGAUCUGAAGCAAUACGUCGUGGAUUACUUCACCGCGAAGGAAGCACUGAAACCAUUUGCGGACGCGGUAUUGGCCGCGGAAGACGGGUCUGAUGGGAUAGUGUUUAAGGUGAAGGGCAUCAUUCCGAAGCUUAAGAUAUUGGAACACGCGCGCCAGGAUGGCGACAUCAUUGAUUACGACAAGCUAACCGCAGUCGAAGACUUCGACAUUCGUGCCUCGUUCGGAGACAACCCGUCUAAGUAGGGGUGCCGGGGGGA